AUGCUGUCCGUUGCGACCCACGAAGCCCAGACCCAGAUCUCUUCCCACGACGCCUCCCAGGUGUCGCCGGCCCCGGCGCCGGCGCCGGAGACGAUGAUCUUCCGGUCUAGGCUCCCCGAUAUCCCUAUCUCUAACCACCUUUCCCUCCACAGUUACUGCUUCGAGAGGGCCUCCGAGUAUCCCGAUCGCCCAUGUCUCAUCUCUGGCUCCUCCGGUGAGAUCUUCUCCUUCUCAGAAACCCAGAUCAACUCUCGCCGGACCGCCGCCGGACUGGCCUCCCUCGGCAUCCGGCAGGGGGAAACCGUCAUGAUCCUCCUGCAGAACUGCCCCGAGUUCGCCUUCUCCUUCCUUGCCGUCUCCAUGCUCGGCGCCAUGUCCACCACCGCCAAUCCCUUCUGCACGCCGGCGGAGAUCUUCAAGCAGUUCGAGGCCUCACGCACGAAGCUCGUCAUCACCCACGCCCAGUUCGUCGACAAGUUCCGCCACGAGAUGUUCCCGGCGAUCGGAGAGGACCUGAAGGUGGUCACCGUCGACGAGCCCCCCCAGGGUUGCAUCUCCUUCUCCUCUCUCCUCGCCGCCGGUGAGGAGGACCUCCCCGAGGUCGCCAUCAACGCCGACAACCCGGUGGCGCUUCCCUUCUCGUCGGGAACCACGGGGCUGCCCAAAGGGGUCGUCCUCACCCACCGGAACCUCGUCACCAGCGUGGCGCAGCAGGUCGACGGCGACAAUCCCAACCUGUACCUCUCUGCCGACGACGUCGUCCUCUGCGUGCUUCCCCUCUUCCACAUCUUCUCCCUCAACUCCGUCCUCUUCUGCUCCCUCCGCGCCGGCGCCGCCGUGCUGAUCCUGCCCAAGUUCGAGAUCACCGCGCUGCUGACCCUUAUCGAGAAGCACCGCGUCACGGUGGCCGCCGUCGUGCCGCCCAUCGUCCUGUCCCUGGCGAAGACACCCCUGGUGGAGAAGUUCGACCUGAGCUCCAUCAGAAUCGUUCUCUCAGGUGCGGCGCCGCUGGGGAAGGAGCUGGAGGAGGCGCUGCACCGCCGUAUCCCACAGGCGACCUUCGGACAGGGGUACGGGAUGACCGAAGCAGGCCCAGUUCUCACCAUGUGCCCCGCCUUCGCCAAGAACCCUCUGCCGGCGAAGUCCGGCUCCUGCGGCAGCGUGGUGAGAAACGCGGAGCUGAAGAUCACCGAUCCGGUGACGGGCUUCUCUCUCGGUCGGAACCAGCCCGGCGAGAUCUGCAUCAGAGGAGCUCAGAUCAUGAAAGGUAACUCGCACUGGAAUUGUACCGGUGACUCUGCGUGAACCUGGUAGAAUAGUACUCGUUCCUUCUUCGCCGGCCGUUCCCGAUCUUCGCCGCGGACUGAGACGCGAAUUCUCCGUCUCCCCAUCAUCAGGGUACCUCAAUGACCCCGUGGCGACGUCAACCACCAUAGACGCCGACGGCUGGUUGCACACCGGCGACAUUGGCUUCGUCGACGACGACGACGAGAUCUUCAUCGUCGACAGAGUCAAGGAGCUCAUCAAGUACAAGGGCUUCCAGGUUGUUCAUCUCUCUCUCUCUCUCUAUGAAUUCAGCCCAGGAAGAAAAAUAGCCCUGCGCUACUCUCUCGGUCGCUUUCUCUGAAUUCAGCAUAGGAAGAGAAUAACACUGCCCUUCUCUCUCUCUCUCUCUCUCUCGGUCACUCCCUCUCUCUCUCUCUCUCUCUCUCUCUCUCUCUCUCUGAAUUCAGCCCAGGAAGAAAAAUAGCCCUGCCCUACUGUCUCUGUCUGUCUCUCUCUCUCUCUCGCUUCUGUAUUCAGCCCAGGAAGAAAAUUCUCGUCUAGUGUAGGACUGUCACAGAUCUCCAGCGAGAGCAGCAACUAAUCUCGUUGCCGGCCGGCAGGUACCGCCGGCGGAGCUCGAGGCGAUGCUGAUCUGCCACCCCGACAUUGUCGACGCCGCCGUCGUUCCGUAAGUUCGCCGCCGUCUGUUGAUCCUCUUAGACGAGGGACUUCUUGGAGAGAUAGGCUGACCUCGUUUUGCCCGCACAGAGCGAAAGAUGAUACCGUCGGCGAGGUCCCCGUCGCCUUCGUCGUCCGCACCGCCGGCUCCGACCUUACCGAGGAAGCCGUGAAGGGAUUCAUUUCCAAACAGGUUCGAUCUCGCAGACUCAUCCGAUCUCCAGAUACGACAAAAAUAUAUUCAAACAUGGUAAUAAUAAUCUCAUUUUUCUGGGAGGUAAUUUAUAGUUUAAUUUUUAAAAAUAAAAGAUAAUUCAAAUAUCCCAUUUCUUCCAGAAUUAUUCGUUUAUUCUGUGAUUAUUAAUAUGGGAAACAAAAAAUACUAAUUAAACUCAAUUUAAUCUCUUUUUUUUUUCCAGGUCGUAUUUUACAAGAGACUACACAAGGUCUACUUCGUUCAGGCGAUACCCAAGUCGCCGGCGGGGAAGAUACUUCGCAAGGAGCUGAGGGCCAGGCUUGCCACUUCACCCUAG